AACAGCCGCGCCACGGUGGGUGCCUUUGUUAGCGUCUAAGCUAGCACAGUAGGAAGGAGAUCGACAACCCCGGAAACGAGAGCCUCCCGUGGAGUAAAGGCAGGAACCAGAGCGAGGCGGGUUCGUGCGGUUUGUCGGACACACGCACCCGCGCCCGUCAUCAUACAUGGAAAGUGUUCUCACUGCAGUGCAGACGAUUGACAAUGCCAUUAAAGGCCGGUACGACUCCAUGCAGCUGCGCGGAGUUCACCUCCACGCACUACCAGUUGAUGUCUAUGCUAUGACAUGGCUCACCGUUCUCGACGUCAGCCACAACUCUCUCACCGCGCUGAGCGAGGAGAUGUACACUCUGACGAGUCUGCGGUCGCUGAAUGCCAACUGCAACGAGAUCUCGUCGUUGUCUCCGCGCAUCGAUCGACUGCAGCGGCUCGAGUGUUUGGCACUCGCGCGCAAUCGAUUGUGCUCGCUUCCGGCGGAGAUGGCCGCGUUGAUGCAUUUGCAAACACUUAACGUGUCCGGAAACGAGAUGAGGGAAAUCCCGAGGUGGUUGCUGUCGCUUCCCAGACUGCGGAGGCUCGACGUCGUCGGCAACGGCAUUCUGCAUCCUCCGAGAGACGUUUAUUUGGCCGGAGUGGGUGCGAUGAGGGAGUUCUACUGUAUUGGCAGUCUGCGCAGUUGUCGUUGCGGCGAUUGCACCGCUGCGGUGGAACUUGACGCUACAAGGGGUGUCGAUUGUAGGUACGUUUCGGUGCUAAAAGACUUGGCUAGUGAUCUGGUUGGUGACGCGGAUGAUGAUGAGAGUGGGAACGACAGUUGUGUGGAGAGUGUUGACGAGAUGGAGAAUGGAGGUGAUCAGAGCCACCUGACACUGAGCGGGUUGUGUGUGCCUUCUCAUGGCCAUGUUGUAUUACAAGCAGCAGAUUGUCGAGCGUUUAUUUCGAAGCCCGUCAACUCCAGCACUGAGUUUCACAUGAUUUCACUUUCCUCUAACUAUCACCCGCUGUUGGAACAGAAUGAGUUGCUCGUUUCUCCAGUUGUUGCCUUGGAGCCUCACGGAUCACAGUUCCAUCAAUCACAACCAGCUGUCAUUUUUCUGAAACAUUGUGCCAAUUUGGAAAGAAAUCAAAAGCUUGUAGCUAUGUGUAGUGACACUGGGUUGGGCUAUAGUCCGUCUUGGUAUACACUCGAUCAGUCAGACUUUGCUAUCCAUGGACGGUUUAUUGUAAUAAAGACAUUUCAUUUCAGUCUCUUUGCCGUCAAAUUAAUCGAUCCUUACCCAGAGGUGACACGUCAUCUUGAAGUCAGCCACGGGGGAGUGAUUGUGGUACCUCAAGUGCCAGGAGUUAAAGUUAACAUUCCAGGAACAGCUCUUGAUAGGGAUGUUUCUGUAACAGUGAAAGUUCUGUAUGGAGACGAACCUGGAGGAUUCGUAGCACAGAAUCUUGGCCUUGUUAGUCCAGUUGUGUCCAUUACGCCUCAUGGAUUACACUUUAAUCCGCACAGCCCAGAGCCUGUUACUGUUGAGUUACCCAUACCGAACUAUACUCGUCUGUGUGGCAUCUUUGGUUCACUUUCCAUCAAGCUACUCUACAGUCCAGAAUUUGACUCCAAUCAGUGUCUCAUGUGGCAGCCAUGGCACGACAAUGGCCAAGUCUUUGUACAAAACAAUGGGGAUGCAAUUCUUCGAUUUACCACGCUUCACUUCUCAUUCUUUAAAACUGUACUUGAGCAUUGUGCUUCUAUAUUUAAUAAGCUUACCUCAUUUCAUGUGUUUGACCAUUUGAGAGGAUUUAUUAACAUCCAAGUGUCAUGCAAGGCACUGAUGACAGAAGUUGGACCAGAUAACUCGUUCAGUCUCACAAUUAUGUGCUAUAGGUUUGGUACAGAACCAACAGAAAUUGGCAAUUAUCCUAUUGAACUCGGUUUUGCACAACGGAAGACUAUUCGGAUAGGAGAUGUGAAAGUGACUGUGUCAGGUCACUUUUCUCCUCUUCAAGAAGUCGGCCAGACAACACUAACAAAUACAGUGAAUUUUGAUGGAUGUGACUUUACAACAGAGUUUGCUCUUAAAGCAGAUGAGUGCAUGCAUGCAGCCGGUGUAAUUGGCAGAGUUGCAGUCGAAUCACAACUUAAUGGAUUCUACAACUUUGAUAUGAAUCUUGUAAUGAAGAAAGGUGCUACAGAUGUGGCUCAUCUUUCUCGUGAUUCACCUACUUCUAUCAGCCCUGUGGCAGAAGAUACACUGAGUGAGCUGGAGGAGACUUUGGCAAAACAAUUGGACGGAGAGUUGACUUCUGAGUGCUUAGCGGCUGUGAGCAGGAUGCUUGGUUUGGAAAGGUCUUGUGAUUACUCACUAAUUGCUCUACUAAGGCAGGCAAAGCGACAGGACAUUUCACCUGACCAAGUCUCGGCUGCCAUUGAAGUAGCGCAUAAGAGGUGCUCUCCACAGUUUGUUGUGGGCUCACGUGGUAGCCGAUGGUCUACUGAUGAGCAAGAUACAGACUGGGAUGUGCCAGGCUCAUCUCGAGUGUUUUUUCCACCUACCCCACCUGCAAGCAGCACACCACGAUCACACAAGACCUUCUAUUAUCCAAGACACCACAGAAAACGGAAGCGCCGUGUAUCAGACGAUGAUGAAGUUAGCAGGGAAUCUUUGGUUGUCUUAUCAGAGCAUUUGGGUGAUGAUUGGGAAAGGUUGGCACUGCAUUUGCGCUUUAGUGUCGAAGAGAUCGAAGACAUUUCAAUGAGAAGUUCAUCAUUAAGAGAGCGAAGCAUUCGAAUGUUGAACAACUGGCAUAGACGUGAUGGUGAACAGUGUACACAUGGUGAGCUCUACCGAGCAUUAGGUAAAAUGCGAUUACUGGGACUGGCCAGACACAUGGAGGCUUCUUGAAGAACAGCAUGUAAAUACGGUUGAGUUCUAUUUAGUAUAGACAUGUACAGCAUUUAUAUAUGAUUGACAUGUGUAGAUAUAUACACAAUAUUAUAAUGACGGCAAAAAAUGAUGACAAUAA